AUGGCUGGUGUGCCAAAUGGUCAGGUCAACAUUCAAGAUAUUGUUAGAGCAGUGGUUGAUAAUUUUAAUAGAUUGCCGCCAAGAUCGUCACCUAAUCCUACGGGAACAGCUAGCGCUUCGACAACAACAAAUGAGGAGCUGAACCGUUGCUUCCAAAUUCCUCGAGGCUCGCAGUCCUUUCGACCACCGGCACGAGCAGAAAGCCAGCCAAAUUCGCAAACAGCAGCUUGUACAACAACCGAUACAAAUGAAUUGAGUCGACGUCCUCAGACCUUACAAUCCUGCCAACCACAAGUAACAAGUCAGCCAACUCUUUCAUGCUCGCUAUCAUCUGGCUUUUCAGCGAGGACAAAUUAUGGUGCGACUACGCCGAAUAGUGCACGUGCAACUUCUCGAAGGCGACCUCGAAGUGCGAAUCGUUCUGGCAAUACUGGGCGGUUUCAGCCGUAUUCCAGUAGCGCAAGUCAAGUAUCCGCAGAACCAAAAGUUUAUUACAAAGCAGUAUGUUUACUUCCUUCGCCAACAUGGAACACCGUCCCAAGAGGAAAAGUCAAAGUUGACCUCAUCGAGAAAAAUUUGUGUGUCGAUGCAUGGGCGGUCGAUAAAAGUUGGAGUGCGGAAGAUCUUAAAUCUGAAGCUGCCAAACUCUUUCCAAAGGUGCUGGGAAUUGACAGCCCUGAAUUAAUACC